UCGGGUUACCUGGGCGGGCCGCGGCGCGGCUCUUCCCGUCUAGCCCGGCCCCCGCGACGGGAAGUGGGAGCGUGUGGCCGCUCUCGGACGGGACGGAGAGGCGGAGAUAUGGAGCGCGGCGGCUCCUUCGGAGCUCCGCUGCGGUGUCGGCUGCUGCUCCUCGCCGCGUGCUGGGUCGUGGCAGCGGCAGGAGAAAACAUCCUUCCCCCUCCAUCCAACCUCAACUAUUCCUUUAUCCAAAUCUGCACCUUGAACUGGACGUGGAAUCCCCCAGAGAACAUCAGCAGUAGCUGUGACCUGAAAUAUUCCAGCGACAUACUGAUCGAUGAGGUCUCUCAGCACAAAAAUGAGUGGAGAAAGAGUCUCUUUCGUAUCACCGAUACAGUCUUGAAUAAGGAGAUGCGUUUCAAAGUGAGAAGUGAAUGCAAGAGCAGUAAUGCCACCGACCACAGCCGAUGGGUGGAGACCUCUGUUCCACCAAAAGGUAUUCCAGGUACUGCUGCUGUUGGCUUGAGCUGUGUCUGGCACAACCUGGAGUACAUGCUUUGUAAGUGGCGUCCUGGAGAGAAUGCAAGUAGUGAUACCAAUUAUACUUUAUAUUACUGGUUUGAUGGUUUGGAAAGACAUAAGGAGUGCAGAAAUUAUUCCGUGAGCCAAGGAAGCUUUGAAUGUGCUUUCAAUCUUACCUUCCCUCAGGCUGCCAGUGGGUACCCACCGAUCAGUGUAUUGAUUAGAGAUGACUCCGAAAAAAUUAUGCCCGUAUGUGUGACUGAAAAUCCUACCACCCUUGUAAAACCUGCUACACCGAAAAUAGUUAAACUAUCGUACGUUAACAAUGGAAUAUAUCUGCAAUGGAGUGAAUCGGGCACCAUUCCAGCAAAUUGUCUCAGUUAUGAAGUGAAAUAUCACAAUGGUGAUUUGACCACUCAGACAAUUCAAGUUGAAUUUAACUCUGCGUCAAUUCCUAAUGUUGAUCCUAAUAGCAAGUACACCUUCCAAGUGAGAGCACAGCCAAAGGUCGACUGCUACAGCAGCAAGUUCUGCAGUGAAUGGAGCGAAGAAAAGAGCAUUGGUGAGAAUCCAAAUCCUGCGUUCAAUUUGCUUCUAAUAAUCACCAUUCCAUUAAUAGUAACAGUAUCUACAAUAAUCCUACUCGUUUACCUUAAAAGGCUUAAGAUAUUACUUCUUCCACCAAUCCCGGACCCUCGGGAAAUCCUGAAGCGCAUGUUUGGAGAGCAGAAUGAGGAUCCUCAGAGCUGUGCAAAGGAGGACUAUAUGAAUGGUUACGACAAGUUAAUCAAGGAAGAAGAAAUUCAUUCUCUAAUUUUAAUAGAAACUCCAGAAUCCUCUAAUUCUGAAAAAGAGCACCGAUAAACUGCUUUCACAGCAGAAGAUAAGGAAAGGCUUCCAGAGCUGCUCCUUUAACUCAGGUGACAGUGUGGAUGUGAAGAGGUCUGCGGACCAUUCACCAGCUCCUACAUUAGAGUCCUUUCUGAGCUUUAUUUCUUUGAUGCUCAGAAGAUGCAUCACUGAUGUUGGCCAUUCUUCCAUCUCUGCUGGCGAAAUUCAUCUUGGAUCCUUUGAGAUGAGCGUGUACAUAAACUUCAUUUGACUGCACCGCAGAAUCUCUUGUUCAGUCUCCGACCUGCUCUGCCCUAUUACUUGUCACCUGCACCUGCGUUUGUGCCGCACGUUAGUCUGUAAAUGUUGCCUUCUUUUUGGUUUUGUUGGGUUCUGUUUGUUUUGGAGCACGCGCUGUGAGUUCUCUAAAGUGUUUGGCUUUGCUUGGCAGCAGGUGAGUCACUGCCGCACUGCCUGGACCUGCUCCCAGAUGGGAUGCAGAGCAAAAGCUGUUUGGGUGCCCCCGGGCAGGGGGUUCCCAGGGGACAUCCGUGGACUGACCUUCCCAAGCUGUGCUUCAGCCGUGGGCUGAUCAAACCCAGUACGAGGGUUGCUUCUUCUUUAAAAACGUGUCUGAGACGCCUCCUCACCUUCCAGCUGGUAUCCAGACUGUUGAUAGAAGGCUCUCCUUGACUUUGUUAUCCUUUCGAGUGCCUUAGAGACAAGGCCUUCAUGAACUUGGUGUGCUGAUUGAACUUCUAAAGUGAUAACUAUUAUCUGUACCUCUGUUGCACAGUGGCUGGUGACUGUCACCAGACUGUCAUCCUGCUCAGGCCAUAUUGGCCAAAUGACUUUAGAAGCUGAAUCAUACGGAAUUUAUCCAGCAGAAUUAGCAGGGUGGAUGUAUGAGUCUGAAACCACAGAAACCAAGGGAAUGUAAAGACUUUUAAGAUUUGCCUGAACUGCUGUGCUGAUGGAUCUGGAAAGAGAAGAUGACAACCUUGGCCUGCUUUCCUGAGGACAAACUUCAUUGUUUCAGUAGUGAUUGUAGCAUUCUUAAGUUUAGAAAAGACCACUAAGACCAUCUAGUUCAGCCACAUGAUGAUGACAUUUGGAUUCCAGCUUCCUCUCUUGGGACUUUGCAGUUUUUUUUAAAAAGGGGUUUAUUUGACUUCAAGGAAAAACUUCUUUGUAUUUCUUUAAAAUCAUGAAUUAACUUGUUCAUUUUUUUUCUCGCGUGGUUUUAUUUUGAGUUUGCUUUGCCCAGCAGAAGUUUUCUGGCACAACUGUGAUGUUUCUCUGCACUGAAUUCUGAGCGCUGGUUUCUGACCUGUGCUGCAGGGCUGCUGCCAGCAGUGCCUGGUUUGUGCUGAAAGCCAUGGGGAGAAGGGGGCUGUGCAGGGGGGGCUGAGGGGCUUCUUGCUCCUCCCUCAGCAGCUCAGUGCAGGUGUGUGGGCUGCUGGGACGCUCUUAGCAGACUGGGAAGAGCUCUCCAGAGGUUUGCUAGGAGCACGUUCUGAAACCACUGAUGUUUUAAAAUUCAGCCCUAUUCUCAAGCUCCAUUCAGUCAAAAUCCUGAAAUAAAACUAUUUUUUUUAUUUCUUUUUUUUUUUUUUUAGAACAUACUAUUCUGCAAGAAGUAGAACUAAUGGAGCUAUAAAUGUACGUCCUUUACCCUCCCAUGUGUUUCCUCCCCCUCAAUAGCUCCCAGUCCCCACUGAACCACUCAGCCGUGCAGUUCCGUCCACAUCUCCUGCCUACCUCUAGUUACUGGUGGUGGAAAGGGAAGGAGAAGUGCAGCAGAACUAACGCAUCACCCACAGCCUUAAAUCUUUUACUUGCGAAUGUGCUAAAAAAAUUAAAGACAUUAUAAAAAUUUGGUGGUUGAGACAAAACAAGAAGUUUCAGGGAUUUCAGAGCGAUGUAAUGACGCUCGGGUUAUACGAAGUCAGCUAGCAGCACUGUUUGGAAUUCCAGAGGUAAAAGAAUAGCACGGGGGGAAAGAGUUAUUAAUUUCCUUCAUCGGCUUCACUCCCGCUGCCGUGCAACGUUCAUGUCAUUAUAGAGAGAACGAUUUCUCACAUCUACCUCAUCUCAAAUGUUGCUCGUUGUAGAUCGCUAGACACACAAAUGUAUGAUUUCAGUAUCAGUAAUCAUAACGUAAAGGUUUGUGGCUUUCAGUAUGUCAGUCUAGGAAGACGAUCCUUGGUACUUCACCCUGAGUUCUUUCUGCUUUGUUCUGGUGUUUGUGGUAAAACCAAAGCGUGUUUGUUUGGAAAACAAACAGAAAUCCCUUAAGGAAAAGGAGGGGGUAAAAACAGACUGGAAGUUCUAGGCUGAAAGAAGAGCUUAAAUACAGAGGGUGGUUUAUGUCGACAGAGAAAUGUUUGGGGUAAUCCUUUGUUUUCUGUAUAAUAGCAGCUGGCAUGCUUCCUGAUGGACGGAUGGACUUCUGAGCUUGUGUUUUAGCAUGCAAAGUGUCUGCGUGUACUGUGGGCUCCAACACGUCCUGUUUACGGUGAGGGUUUUCUCCCCAGUUUUGCUGUCAUUUGUUUGCUGUCUGUUGCAGUUACUUGAUCUGUACAUUUGUUUAAAAAUAAAUAAAUACGUUUGAAUAUUUUUUGAUA